CAUUUAACUUAUAUUAUGCUAUUCUGAUGAUGAUGAUGAUAAUGUGAAAAGCUUAAAAACCUUUUUCAAUUUUAUUUUAGGGCUUAUCAGGUGGAGAGGUAAUUCUUUAUCCUCCAAAAGAUAUGCCUGCAGAUUUUAAAUCUGAAAAUAAUUUCAUUGCUGGUAAUGUCUGUCUUUAUGGUGCAACUUCUGGAAAAGCAUUCUUUCGUGGUAUAGUGGCAGAAAGAUUUUGUGUACGCAAUUCUGGAGCUAUUGCCGUUUGUGAGGGUGUUGGAGAUCAUGGUUGUGAAUAUAUGACUGGCGGUUAUGCUAUAAUAUUAGGUCUUACAGGAAGAAAUUUUGCAGCUGGUAUGUCUGGAGGAAUUGCUUAUGUCUUAGACAAAGAUGGUUGUUUUUCUCAAAGAUGCAAUAAAGAUAUGGUGGAUAUUUUUCCUGUUGAAUUAAAUGAAGAUUUGAAAUUUUUGAAAGAAAUAAUAAGUGAAUUUCAUACUAAAACUGAAUCUGAUGUUGCUGCUCGCAUUUUGAAAGAAUGGCCUGAUUCUACAAAACAAUUUUUAAAAAUUUUCCCAAAAGAAUAUCAACGAGCUUUACGUCAAUUAGAAGAAGAAAAAUCCCAACAAAAAUUAAAUAGAAAUGAUAAUACAUAUUCCAUGGUUCAUACAAAAACAAAUGACAUAGAAGAAUUAGUAUCUAACAGAAAGAAAUCAGAAGUAUUAGAUAAAGUUCGGUAAGUUUUUUAAAUAUGAAUAACAACAUUUAUUAUCAUUAUUAUCAGUAUUAAAAAAUACAGUGGGAUUUUUUAAUCCAAACUAACAAGAUUAUGGCACUUAAUACACCAGACUUAACAGUGUUGAAAGUAAAAAUAUGGAUAAUUAAUUUAGCAAUAUCUGGUAAUAGCAGAGUUGAA